AUGAGAAAGGACCUACUUGCUGCUUUUGUGCCUAAGAGAAGACGGGGCGCAAAUAAAGAGUCUAGAGUCAUCAAGGAACUUCCUCUUUUUCCUUAUUUUUUACAUGUCUGUGGAAAGCCCGCUGAGUGCAUGAUAGAGAACAAGAAAAGGGAGCAAUUCUUUGAAAACGUCAAUACUAUUGUUGAAGAUCAUCAAUACAAGAAAAAGAAAUUGUUGAAGAGAUUCAAUUUUGAAGAAUUGGGUUUAGACUCACCACCGGAGUUACCUAACGAAUGGAUGGAUAAAAUAGAAAAACAAGGAGGCGUUGAUGUGAAAUUAGUGAUCAUGAAACAACUGUUUCCUACUGAUUUGAACCCUCACCAUGAUCGUCUCUCAAUCCCUUUCAAGCAGAUAAAAAAUGAGUUUCUUACAGAGGAUGAGAAGAUAAAGUUAAACCAGCAGGAGAUCAUAGCUGUUAAACUCAUGGAACCUUGUGGUAAUGUGUCUGAGAUGUAUCUAAGACAGUGGAAUUUGAGAAGUACCAGUUUCUACGCAUUGACGACUCGUUGGAAAAAAGUUUUGGAAAGGAAUCUGGAAUUCAAACAAAAUGACAUAAUUCAGCUUUGGUCGUUUAGGGUCCGAGGAGAACUCCAAUUCGCAUUUAUUAAAGUUCCUCGGUGA